ACGUGGAAAACAUGGAGGAAAGGAGUAUGUAGACCAAAGUUACAUGUCUAAAUUUCUACCCCCAAAAUAUAUAAUUUGCCUCUUUUAAAGGCAUUUGAUUAAAAUCCAGGGCAGGACUAACUAUUACUGGGAAGAGUGAAAAAACAUCUGACCCUUAACUGUACUGGGAGGAGAAGGAAACUGCGAGAAGCAUUUGUGACAGGACUUGACCUAUGUCAAAGGAAAAGUCAGUGAAGAGAGUCCGGUCUGGCUGAAAGGAGCUGGAAAGAUGGGCGCCAACACCAGCCAGGUCAGUGAGCUGUCUGAUAACCCCAGCCUCAAGGCCCUAGUGGGCACGGAGUCCAUAUCUGGGAAUGACCCCUUCUGGAACCAGCUCAUCUCCUUCACCUUCAUCAGUCCCACCAGCAGUGGAGACUCCAAGUUACUGGAGGAGGCUGUCAUCCCCCUGGCCAAGACGCUGAUUGAAAACAAUCCCAGAACGGGGAACUUUGGUGCUCUUGUGAGAAUAUUUCUGGGAAGAACCAGAGAGCUCAAAAUCUCUACAGAAUGCCAAGAUCAGUUGUUCAUCUGGCAGGCCCACAAUGCACUGUUCAUGAUUCGCUGCCUGCUCAAGGUGUUCAUCAGAGAGAUGGCUGAGGACGAGCUGCACCAGCAGUUCUCCUACCAGGAGAGGGCAAUAGGCUGCUGCGGAGAAACAGCGAGCGAGGACCUCCUGGAGGAGCUGUUGUCAAACCUUGUUCACCUGAUUGUUGAAGUGCCCCUGCUAGACAUCACUUACAGCAUCCUGUUUGAAGCAGUUACCACGUUACUGGUGUUCUUCUCCUAUCAGCUCUUCCACAAAGAUAUCCUCCGAGAUGGAAUAAUCUACCAGCACGUCAUGAAGGGACGAUGUUUGUGUUUGACCAGCCGGCUGGUGAAGACCCUGCUCUACAACUUCAUCAGGCAGGAGAAAUGCCCUCCACCUGCUACACACAUUUUUGAGCCAAAAGCAGAAGGUGGACUGCUUUAUGGUCUGGCAUCUGGAGUGGCAAGUGGUCUGUGGAGCGUCUUCACAUUGGGUGGAGCUGCCGGCAAAGCUGGGAUAGAACACGAACACGACCCUUUACCUUUAUCCAAUCAGAGUCUUCUGUUACUGCUUGUGUUAGCCAAUCUGACGGACGGACCUGACUGGCCCAAUCCCUACCGCCAGGCCAUUACCUGUUUCAGAAACACACAAGACACAUCUUCCCUACUGGCGGAGCAACCUCACUCUUUCCAGAUCAAUUUCAACAGUCUGUACACGGCUCUGUGUGAACAGCAGCGCUCUGACCAGGCCACGCUGCUCCUGUACACCUUGCUUCACCAGAACGCCAACAUGAGGACGUACAUGCUGUCAAGAACCGACAUGGACAAUCUGGUAUUGCCCAUCCUUGACAUCCUUUAUCAUGUUGAAGAAAGAAAUUCUCAUCAUGUCUACAUGGCCCUCAUCAUUCUCCUCAUCCUUACAGAGGACGACGCCUUCAAUCGCUCCAUCCAUGAGGUGGUAUUAAAAAACGUCUCCUGGUACACGGAGAGGUCACUGACGGAGAUCUCACUUGGGAGUUUGCUCAUCUUGGUCGUCAUCCGCACCAUCCAGUUUAACAUGACGCGAACAAGGGAUAAGUACCUACACACCAACUGUCUGGCUGCACUUGCCAACAUGUCAGCCCAGUUUCGAUGUUUGCAUCAGUAUGCUGCCCAGCGCAUCAUCAGUUUAUUUGCUUUGCUUUCCAAAAAGCACAACAAGGUCCUGGAGCAGGCAACACAGUCUCUGCGGGGCAGACAGGGGGACGACGCAGCCCUGCCAGACUAUGCCCAGGACCUGAACGUGAUCGAGGAGGUGAUCCGUAUGAUGCUAGAAAUCAUCAACUCAUGCCUGUGCAACUCCCUGCACCACAACCCCAACCUGGUGUACGCGCUGCUCUACAAGAGGGAGCUCUUCGAGCAGUUCAGGACACAUCCGUCCUUCCAGGACAUCAUGCAGAAUCUGGACACGGUGAUUGGGUUCUUCAGUCAGCGUCUGGAGCAGGCUGGAAGUGACCUGUCAGUGGAGAGGGUGCAGGAGGUCAUCAUGAAAGGGGCCCAGGCUCUGCCAAACGACCGACUGAAGAAAUUUCCAGAGCUGAAGUUUAAGUAUGUGGAGGAAGACCAGCCAGAGGACUUCUUCGUCCCGUACGUCUGGUCCUUGGUCUUCAACUCUGGCGUCGGCCUGUACUGGAGUCCUCACGGCAUCGAGCUGUUCAGCAUGGACUCUGGCUGAAAGACCGGCAUAUUCUUCCCCCGUUCAGUACAGAAGAAAAAGACUGAUGGCACGUGUGUGUGUGUGUGUGUGUGUGUGUGUGU